UCUUCCAGUGAGCCAGAACGGGGCAGGGGUAAGGACCAGACUAGCGAAGAACGGAAAAAGCAAACCAGUUUUAGUUUAUAUUGGUGUCACUAAGGAACGAAUGCUGGAAGGGGCAGAGAAAGCAUGCCUGAAAAAACGAUGCAAAGAUGGCACUCUAGCAGAAUUUACAAUAAAGCACAAAGAUUCUUUUGAUCAAGAAGAAGCUGAGUUUCUGAGUACCGCAGAGCAGCAGCGAAUCAUAAGCUACAUCAUCUGUAACCUGGUGUCCCCAGAUGAUGAGGUCAUCCCCGGUACCAAUGCCAAGGUAUACAGGUUGGAGAAAGUCAUUAUCAAGUGCAUGAAUUUAGGGAUCAUCAGCAGACUGUACCCAUUGCACCAACUUGAGGAACUUGAUGAGCUUAGCAAGGCAUGGUACCAGAGCUUGCGCAAUGUUAUCAAGCAACCCCAUGGUACAAUACAAUUACAUUAA